GGUUUAAAAUUUUUAAUCUGUUCUGGGUCCUUGAGUAUUGCACAAUUUAUGCUGGUGGUUAGGUUAUAAUUUCUUAUUUUAGUCAUUGAAAUUUAAUUAAGUCGCAAUCAACUAUGGCGCAGAGUAAGUUAAAUGAUAUGGCAGGAAAAUUUGCAAAAGGUGGACCCCCUGGUCUUGGCAUCGGCUUAAAAGUAGCAGCUGUAGUUGGCGCAGCGGCCUAUGGUGUUUCACAAUCCUUAUUCACAGUUGAAGCUGGUCAUCGUGCAAUUAUGUUCAACAGAAUAGGAGGAGUACAACAACAUGUUAUGACAGAAGGCUUGCAUUUCCGUAUCCCAUGGUUUCAAUAUCCCAUUAUAUAUGAUAUCAGGUCACGUCCCCGCAAAAUUUCGUCACCGACAGGUUCUAAAGAUUUACAAAUGGUAAACAUCUCGUUAAGAGUGCUUUCCCGCCCUGAUGCAAACAACCUUUCUAUUAUGUACAGACAGCUCGGUACUGAUUACGAUGAAAAAGUUUUGCCCUCAAUCUGCAAUGAAGUUUUGAAAUCAGUUGUAGCCAAAUUUAAUGCGUCACAGCUUAUCACGCAGCGACAGCAAGUGUCAUUAUUAAUUAGAAGAGAGCUGGUGGAGAGAGCAGCUGACUUUAAUAUUAUUUUGGAUGAUGUGUCACUGACAGAGUUGAGUUUUGGAAAAGAAUAUACAGCUGCUGUAGAAGCCAAACAAGUGGCUCAACAAGAAGCUCAGCGUGCUGCUUUCGUUGUUGAAAGAGCAAAGCAGGAGCGUCAGCAGAAAAUUGUACAGGCUGAGGGAGAGGCUGAAGCUGCUGAGAUGUUGGGUAAAGCUAUGGGAAUGAGCCCUGGAUACCUAAAACUACGAAAAAUCCGUGCAGCUCAAAGUAUUUCAAGAAUGCUUGCUCAGUCUCAAAAUAGAGUAUUCCUUCCUGGUAACAGUUUGAUGAUCAACCUUCAAGAUCCUUCCUUUGAUGAUUUGUCAGAAAAGCUCACAAAAAAGAAGUAACAUGAGGCUAAGAAAGAGUAUGACAUAAGCCCUGAGCCUGCAAUUACUCUUUCUGAUGAUGAAACUGCACUAAUAAUUACUGGUGUUGCUUCAGCAGUUAAUUAGCAUUUGUUUGUCAUUUAUGCAUUUUUCAAUGUGUAUAAACUUACAUGUUUAAAAUAUUCUGUAUGAUGCAUUUUAUGUUACUUAGUUUGUAGGGUUAGAAUGUAUGAAAAUCGGUUGCAAUAAAGUAAAAAAAAUA